CUUUGAUUUUCGCUGAAUUUUCGAAUCUGAAGAUUAAUCAUGGCUGAAACACCCAGUGAGUUUAAGCUGAAAAACCCUCCAAUGGAUGGAGUGUCUGCUGUUAAAUUUGGUCCUAACUCCAGCCAGCACCUGCUGGUAUCAUCAUGGGACUGCACUGUGCGGCUAUAUGAUGUCAUCAGUAACAAUAUGAGGUUGAGCUUCCCACAGCAAGCCCCAGUCCUCGAUUGCUGUUUUCAUGAUUCAGUUCGAGCGUAUAGUGGAGGAUUGGACAAAGUUCUGAAAACUUUUGAUUUUAACACUAAUGCAGAGAGAAGUGUAGGAAUGCAUGACGCCCCUAUACGCUGUGUUGAGUUCUGCCCAGAUGCUAAUGUCAUUGUCACAGGAAGUUGGGAUUCUACUGUCAAACUAUGGGACCCACGGACACCCUGUAAUGCUGGCACCUUCUCACAACCUGACAAGGUAUACACCUUGUCUGUUUGUGGGGACAGACUAAUUGUUGGAACUGCAGGGAGAAAGAUUUUGGUUUGGGAUCUCCGAAAUAUGGGUUAUGUACAACAACGACGAGAAUCCAGCCUGAAAUAUCAGACACGAUGCAUUCGAAGUUUCCCUAACAAACAAGGCUAUGUUCUCAGCUCCAUUGAAGGUCGUGUUGCAGUGGAGUACUUGGAUCCCAGCCCUGAGGUACAGAAGAAGAAAUAUGCAUUUAAAUGUCACCGUGUGAAGGAGCAGGGCAAAGAGAAGAUCUACCCUGUCAAUGCUAUAGCCUUCCAUAACGUCCACAACACAUUUGCCACAGGCGGCUCUGACGGCAUUGUGAACAUCUGGGACGGCUUUAAUAAGAAGAGACUGUGUCAGUUCCACAAAUAUCCCACUAGUAUCGCCUCCCUUGCAUUCAGUCAGGAUGGUUCUGUGUUAGCGAUUGCGUCCUGCUUCAUGUAUGAACAGGAAGAACCUCCAGAGGUUACUGAAGAGGCUGUGUUCAUCCGGAACGUGAACGACCAGGAAACCAAACCCAAGUCAUGAACACAAUGAACUCCUCUUCCUCCUUCAUCAUACAUCAUCAUCGUAUAUAAUUGUAAACUGGUGGACUUUCCAAAGGUGGAUUCUAGACAUAUCUGGCUGUUCACAUUUUUAUUUAUACAUUUAUAAAGAGCUUAAAGACAAUAUUGGACACACUGAUUCCCUGAAUAGUUGGAAGAGAGCAAAUUUGGACAUACUGUUUCUCUUACCAGCUGGAGAAGAGAAAAUUUGGACACACUGAUUCCCUGAAUAGUUGGAAGAGAGCAAACUUGGACAUACUGUUUCUCUCACUAGCUGGAGAAGGGCAAAUUUGGACAUAAUGUUUCUUUCACCAGCUGGAGAAGAGCAAAUUUGGACAUGCUGAUUCUCUGAAUAGGUGGAGAAGAGCAAAUUUGGACAUGCUGUUCCUCUCACUAGCUGGAGAAGAGCAAAUUUGGACAUGCUGUUUCUCUGAAUAGGUGGAGAAGAGCAAAUUUGGACAUGCUGUUCCUCUCACUAGCUGGAGAAGAGCAAAUUUGGACAUGCUGUUUCUCUCACUAGCUGGAGAAGAGUAAAUUUGGACAUGCUGAUUCUCUGAAUAGGUGGAAAAGUGCAAAUUUGGACGUGCUGUUUCUCUGAAUAUCUGAGAAAAAAAGGGAAAUACGGAUAUGCUGCCUUUACAGAUAGCUGGGGAAAUGGCUAGUGUUUCAAUUUCAGUUCCAUGCAUUACCUGUAAUAUUUCAUUUUCAGAGACUUUCACUAAAGCAGUCACUCACGUCCAGCUCAUGCUGGCUUGCUCUUCACCCAUGCGUGAGAAAAGCUACCUGUGGAUGGUCGUGGAUUUCCCCCAGUUUCUGCUCAGCGUCCUCAAACCUAGCUCUGUAGGGCUGGUUGAUGACGUAUACUAUCACAGCCCUGUCUUGGUCCAUAAGCUUACCUUGAACACCUCUUUACUUCCCUUGCUUAUAUACAAUUUGUCUGUCUGUACUCAUAGUCAACGCAGCUAUCAGUUCCAGGUAGCUGUUCCCAUGUGUCAUUACUAAUAAACCCACACAAGCAUAAAACUAUAGUGGAAACUGGAUAAAUUCCAACUCCCAUGUUUGAAUGCCUGCUCCUCACAGCCCACACAAGGGAGAUAACUACUGACAUUACUAGCAAUUAGUAUAUUUUGUACAUCUUGUUUAAUCUGUUCCUUAAUUGUUUGAGAAUUUUUUUUUUAUUCCUCAGUGUUGAUUAUGGGUCCCUUCUAUGUCAUUACUGGUGAGACUGAUCCUAAACAAUCAGCCAGUAUGCUUGUCAAAAGGUCUAACUUGCCUAGUAGUGGCAGUGGUAAUUGUAUACAAUGUACAUGAUUCCCCUCACUGUGAGGAGUAUGCAUUUAAACAUAGUGGUUGGAGUUAGAAUUUAUCCAGUUUCCACUAGUUUCAUGCUUGUGUGGGUUUACCAGUGAUGACACAUGGAAACACCUACCUGAAACUGAUUGCUGAGAAGACUAUGAGAACAGACAGACACAUUACUUGGCGGCCAACAGUAGUGUAUUGAAGCCAGCACUCAAAGUACAGAGGUGUUCAGGGUAAGCUUAUGGAACAAGGCAGGGCUGUGAUAGUACACGAAAUCACAGCCCUACAAAGCUACAUCAAACCAUAAUACUAGUCACUGUGGUACAAGUGAAAUAUUCUUGAGUGGCCUCUUUUUCAUCUUAGUCUCAUCCCUGUAUUUUGUCAUCACUCAAAUGAGAACAGAUAUUUUGGACAUCUAGGAACCAAUCCAAAAAAACUUUACCCACCUACAAAGAUACUGAGGUUUACCUUAUUCCACCACAAAAAUGCAUUUUUACCAUUGUCAGACGAAACACUGCACCACAAAAAUGCAUUUUUACCAUCGUCAGACGAAGACUGCACCACAAAAAUGCCUUUUUACCAUCGUCAGACAAACACUGCACCAUAAAAAUGCAUUUUUACCAUCGUCAGACAAAC